CUAGAAUCUUAAAUCAAUUUUAUUAAUAUAAUCAUUAUUAUAUUAAAAAAAAAAGGAAGAAAAAAGACAAACGAAUGAAACAAAAAAUAUGAGAAUAGAAAGAUGCACGAAAUUGUUUUACGACGAGGAAGUAUUAACUUGGAGUAAAAGGCUUCUAACGUUACCAGGACUUUGGCCAGAAAAUCCUAAUGAUUUCCGAUUUUUUUUUUAUGUAGUUUACGUUAUCCUAUUCACUAGUCUAGAACUCGUUGGACUUUUUCAAAGUUUGCACGAUCUCGACAAAACGCUUCGAAAUGUGACGCUUUCCUUACCAACGAUAUUGAUCAUCUUAAAAGCUUUAAUGUUUCGAUGGAAAAUGCAUCUCGUUUUACCAAUCUUGAAUAUUGUCAGGAGAGAUAUAUCACGAGGAUUAUAUCAAACGGAUAAUGAAAGAGAAAGAAUUGUUUGGUAUAAUAUGGCAGCUACUAUGUUUACAACAUCCUCGGCAAUGUCCCUUUUCUUCGUUCCCACCUUGUUUUACAGCAAACCAAUUUUCGAGUGUAUUCUUUCCAGUUUCGAUAAUUGCACGCUCCCGUAUGAGUUACCAGUACAAGUAAAUUACGUUUACGAGGUGACAGAUGUGCGUAAGUACGCGAUGUUCUGUAUCUGGUUGAUACCGGCCAGUACUCUGUUAACCGUAGGUGCAACUGGCGCGGACAGUCUUCUCGUCACUUUGACAUUUUAUCUAUGCGGACAAUUAUCGAUUCUUGGAAAUCGUUUGAAAAACGUUAAUCUAGAAAUGGGAAAGUAUCAUUGCGAAAUGAAACUUCUGAUCGAUCGACAUGCUGAACUCGUAAGGUUGGCUAUGAUUUUAAAAAAUGCCUUCAGUAUUUUAAUGUUCGUGCAGACGUUAGGUUUAAUAUGUUCUCUCUGCGUUGUGGUCUAUCAAUUACUAACGACGUCAGAGAAUAGUAAGGAUCUAAAUACGGUACACUUCGUCUUAUAUUCUUGUGCAGUCAUACUUCUGGCGUUUUGUUAUUGCUUUUUAGGAGAGUGUUUGAUCGAGGAGAGUAGCGCCAUAGAUUUGGGUUGUUACCUUACGAAUUGGUACGAAUUACCCGCAAAAGAAAUACGUUCGAUGAUGUUUUGCAUAGCUCGAUCGAGAAGACCGUCUUAUCUAACAGCUGGGCAAUUCUAUAUUUUUUCUCUUGAGACGUUUGCAGUCAUCAUGAAAGCUUCUAUGGCGUAUCUCUCGGUUUUAAGGACCAUAACAUAACAAUUGUAAAUUUAGAUCGAAUUUUCUGCUUGUUAAAAAUAAAGUACAAU